UUGCUCGCGUGCUCGGUUUCCUCUUCCCUCUUCCGAGUCCUCUUCCCUUGAAUGAGACUCCUCUCACAAACCCCUUCCCUAGCCUCUAGGUGCCUACCGCCAAGCUGCCAAGCCCACACGAUUUUCCUAAGCCACGCCCGCCACGCACAUUGGCAAAGCUUCUUUGCACUCAUCGUCUCACUCGUGUCUCUCAACCCUAUCUCUCACUCAGCCUCUCUCUCCAUUUCUCCUGGCCCCCUCGUCGCCAAGGAGCCUCAAGACGUCAGCUCGCAGAAUGACUCGAACUUAUAGCACGAGCACAAGCAUCCCAAAACACGCAUUGUGAACUCAAACCACUCGAUACCAUCAGAAUGAUA